UAGAAACUAUAACAUUUAAAUUAAUAUUUAGCGUAUUUAGCCCGUGUUGGAAUGAGAACCGAACGCCCCAAGUCGAAAAACACGAGGUUUUCAUAUUUUCCCAUUCUGCUGAUAUUACGUGAAUGCAACACCAGACCGAAGCAGCCGCUUGUCGAGAUUUAUUGCCAAUGACGGUCGCCUGCUAGCUAAAGUCAUGGCGCUGCUUAAACAAAGUUGUUGUGUGUCUGGUCGGUUCUUCACAAACCACCUAUGGCUGAGUCCCCGAUGCAUCCCACAUGGUUACGCCAACAGUCUGACAACCGUGGCGAAAUCCUCGUCAGACCGCGCUGACAGAAAGAGGGAGCUUCUGAGUGAUGACGGGCCCGAUCUACAGGACUUCAUUUCAGGGGAACUGUCGGAGAAAACCAAGUGGGCAGAGUACAGAGGGAGGCUGAAGAGAGAGAAAGGAGAGAGGCUGCGGCUUCCCCCAUGGCUGAAGACGGAGAUUCCCAUAGGAAAAAACUACAACAGGCUGAAGAACACACUGAGAGACCUCAACCUGCACACCGUGUGUGAGGAAGCCAGGUGUCCUAACAUUGGGGAGUGUUGGGGAGGAGGAGAGUAUGCCACAGCCACAGCCACCAUCAUGCUAAUGGGGGACACAUGUACCCGUGGAUGCAGAUUCUGCUCUGUAAAGACAGCCCGUCAGCCCCCACCUCUGGACCCAGAUGAGCCCUACAACACAGCCAAGGCAAUCGCUGCCUGGGGGCUGGACUACGUGGUUCUCACCUCAGUUGACAGAGACGAUGUUGCUGAUGGAGGGGCUGAGCACUUUGCAAAGACAGUCUCUACCCUGAAGGAAAGAGACCCUCACAUCCUGGUUGAAUGUCUGACCCCUGAUUUUCGAGGCGACCUGACAGCAGUAGAGAAGAUCGCCCUCUCAGGGUUAGAUGUUUAUGCCCACAAUGUGGAGACUGUGCGAGCACUGCAAAGACAGGUGCGUGACCCCAGAGCGAACUUUGACCAGUCUCUGAGCGUCCUGAAGCAUGCGAAAAAAGUCAAACCCACUGUGCUCACCAAGACGUCCAUCAUGCUGGGACUGGGAGAGACUGACCAGCAGAUACUUGACGCCUUAACUGAGCUGCGUGAGGCAGGAGUGGACUGUCUAACGCUGGGUCAGUACAUGCAACCCACCAAACGCCACCUAAAGGUGGAGGAAUACGUCACUCCAGAGAAGUUUGCCCACUGGGAGAAAGUUGGAAACGAUAUGGGCUUUGUUUACACUGCCAGUGGGCCACUGGUGCGAUCCUCUUACAAAGCGGGCGAGUACUUUUUGAAGAAUCUACUGAAGAAGAGAAAAGAAGAAGUCACCGUAGCAGAGUGAAAAGCACCAGAGCAAUGUCUAACUCAACCAUAACCAUACAGAUGUCCAGUCACAGCUUUAAUCCUGUAGCUGUAGCACAGGAGACACAUUUAACAUAUAUCAGCGAUAAGCGGUAUUUUAGAGAGAGGAUCAAAGAGAACAAGCAGCAGGGGGAGGCUGGCAGAUAUUUAGAUAACAUGAGCGCAGACUAUGCCCAGAUAGUCAUGCCAGCAGAAAAUACAACCUGGUGUUGGCAAUUGAACUGCUGGAAUUUGCACCUCAGGGGAAGGGGGGGCUUCAUCCGCCAUGAACUCCCUCCCCUCAGGGCCUCUAGACCUCAGGUGAAGAGCUACUGACCUUUUAAUCACAAGCUCUGUUUAUGAGCUCUUUGAUGUCUGCUGCUUCAUGACUGGUGAUUUAAUGGAGCAAGAUCUUUUAUUUUUGUUCUGAGGGUUUUUGCAGAGGCUGCAAGGUGAAAUUAUGUAUGACAGGAAAACAAAAAAAAUCUAUGGUUGCCGAAGACUUGUAACACUGUCAGAUGGUCUGUUCUGUUACUUAAGAAAAAGUAUAAUUUGAGCCCAAAGUCUUUCUUUCAUCACGUACAGAAAUAUUUAUGACAUAUCCGUUCCAAUUUCGGCUCAAACUAACCCUUUAUUAACGCAAUAAAAUUGACAUUUUACACCAAGAAAGACAAGAAAGAUGAGCGUUUGUUUUACACGCUGAUUGUAUAUAGACAAAACAAAUCCUUUAAAUGUACACAUAUAUAUAAAUAUAUAUAUUAAAUAAAAAUUGAUCUCAUCAGCC